AUGGCUCCAAAUAAGGUUAAACGCACUAGGUUUGUGUGUGUUUCAGACACACACAACUGCACAGUCAAACUGCCGAAAGGCGAUGUGCUCAUCCAUGCCGGGGACCUGACGAACCAAGGGAGCUACAGCGAGCUCAAGAAGGCAGUGGAGUGGCUGGAAAAGGCCGAGUUCGAGGCCAAGAUUGUCAUCGCAGGGAAUCAUGAUCUCGGUCUGGACUCUCAGUUCUAUCGCGAGUAUGGGGCAUACUUCCACAAUAACCAGGAGGCGAGAGAAUCGCAAGAAUGCAUCGACCUGCUCACGUCCAGUCCGUCACUGACCUAUCUCAACCACACUUCAGCGGCAGUUCGUCUCCGUGAUCCCAAAGGCCCACAAACUGUCUUCAAGGUAUUCGGCUCGCCGUACAGUCCCCGAUGCGGCGCGUGGGCCUUUAGCUACGAGCGCUCCGACGCCUGGAGACCAGAUGCAGAGCUAUCGAGCAACCGCAAAACCCUGCCGUCUCUCCAGGAGUACCACGCAUCACUGUCGGCAAAAGAUGUCUGGUCUGCAAUACCUCUAGAUACAGAUGUGCUCGUCACCCACACGCCACCGCAUCUACACUGCGACGAAGCUGCCAGCCAGCGACGAGCCCUCGGCUGCGAAGACCUCCGCCAAGCGCUCUGGCGUGUCCGGCCACGGCUUGCGGUCUGCGGCCAUGUCCACGAGGGUCGUGGCGCGGAACGCGUGACCUGGGACAUCGCUGGUGCGCCAGGUGGGAGCAUAAACGUCAGAUAUGGCGAGCUGUCGGUCGAGCGGUGGCAAGAUCCGGGUGCUGCCGGACCGGGCAGGAACACCAAAAUGUCACUCCUCGACCUCACGUCACGCAACGGAAACAGAGCGCUCGACAACGACGGAUCCGCGUCUGUCUCGGCACAGCAUGCGGAGGCGAGUGCUGCCGCCGAUCUACGCACGAGUCAUGGGAACCAGCUACAGGAUGGACAGCUGUCUCCGGACACGGCCCGUCCCGGAAGUGGGACCCUUGGGCUCGGCGGAGACCCGGACUUCUCGGCUCGAUGUGACCGGGCUGCGCUGAGCGGGCGUAUGGGCCGGAGGGAGACGUGCGUUGUGAACUGUGCCGUCAUGGGCAGCAGCUACCCGCACGUCGGGGGAAAAAGGCUCAAUAAGCCGAUCGUGGUAGAUCUCGAUCUACCCGUCGCCAAGCCAGAGCCAGAGCCAGCUUGA